AUGAUGAAGAACAUACGGAACCGAGGUUCAAACUCAAUGAACUACUAUCAUGCAUGUUGGAUAGGUUGUGUUCUUACAAGUGGAUCAUUAUCUCAUCGAUCAUUCAAUCUUGGCGCUGUUCCCGAUGACAUCAGUGGAGAACAAUUCGUUCUUCACAUAUGCAAGCAAAUAGAUAAUAUGGGCCGACUGCGACUGCAAUUUAAACUGUUCCACAAACCGUUGUUUGGUUGGAAAGGUUCAUUCUUUUACACCAGUGGGUGUGAAAUGAUUUACGAUAUGAGACGAUUUUUCGAAGAAGUUUGA